UCGUUGAACUCGUGAUGGACAGAUUUGAUGACAGAGAGUUCAAAAGAGAUUUCAGGAUAACUCGUAAUACGUUUGACAUUCUUCUAAACGAAGUUGUUCCUCACAUUGAGAGCACUGACCGCCCUUGUGGAAGGGAUCCCUUGAAACCUAACCACAAAUUGCUGAUAUUUUUGUGGUACAUGGCAAACCAAGAUUGUAUGAGGGAAAUAUCACGCCUAUUUAAUGUAUCAAAAUCAUCUGUUUUUAGUUGUGUGAGAGAAGUUUCAUUCGCGUUAUGUAACGAAAUGCAGAAAUACAUUCAUUGGCCUGAUCAGACUGAACAGGAUGAAGCAGCAGAAGAAAUUAAAAACAGUACAGGAAUACCAGGAGUCGUUGGUUUUAUCGAUGGGACCCACAUCCGACUGUCAAGUGUUCCCAAUGGGGACUCUGGUUACAUAGACAGAAAAGGGUUUCCUUCUCUCCAGCUACAGGUUGUUGUGUCACAUAAUAUGCUGAUCAUUGACGCAUACGUAGGGUGGCCUGGUAGUGUCCACGAUGCCAGAGUUUACAAGAACAGUCCUCUUUUUGAUGGUCUCCAAACUGGAAUGAUAGCCCCUGGACAUUUUUUAAUAGGAGAUGGUGCAUAUCCCUUAUCAGAAGUCAUGAUAACGCCAUUUAGACAAACUGGAAAUCUGAGUGCACAACAGAAGCAUUUCAACAAGAAGGUGUCAUCAGUACGUCAAACAGUAGAACGUUCAAUAGGACAUAUGAAACAACGAUUCAGACGCCUAAGAGAUCUUAGCUGCCGUGACAUGAAAAGUGCCUGUGAAAUCAUUAUGUCCGGUUGUAUCCUGCAUAAUAUGUGUAUAUUACAUGAAGAUGAUCUGUCCGAGUACUUGGACAAUUAUGACGGAAAUCAAGUAGUCAAUAACUAUCCUCCUGUGUAUUUGGAUAAUGCUCGUGGUGUGCGGAAAAGAAAUGAGAUUGUACAGCUUCUCAAUGCCAACAGAUAACUGUGUUCGAAAACCAUGC